CUUAUAUUAGUGCGCUGUAUAAUCCGCCGCGCCCUAUCUGUCUCGCCUACGUAUGUGCUCUUAUCCCCUGCCUCGUCUGUAUUUAUACUGCGAUUGUUGCUAUCCCUGACGUUUGUGUUAUCCCUCCGUUCUUCCAACACUGCUGCCGUCCUGCUUUCUUCCGGGUCCAUCUGCCGAAUAAUGUCGUCUGCCCAUAAGAACGCGCUGUAUCCGCUGGCCUCGUACAUGAUGCCCUGCACCUCCUGCCAGAAUGGCAAGAUGAGCCACAGAUACCAUAUGACGAGCUCGCCGACCUCCCUCGGCAGAUAGCGGUGGAUCACCUUCGCCUGGCCUGUCGUCCGG